AUGGAUUCGAACAUACCGCUGGCAAUGGAGUUUUCCGUUCGUUCUCCUCCUUAUGAUACACGAAUCUAUUCAACUGGUGUUUCGAAUUCCGCUGACCAGGAAUGUCCAAAAGCUGAACUGAGUAUUAUAGUCACCUGUGAAAACCUUCUGGACCGGAAGUCACUCACCUUGGCAAUUCGCACAAGAGAUGAACGAGACCACAAAAUUUUAAAACAAUAG